GGGGGAAACAAAAACGACGCGCAUCAGUUCCGCUUUACUGAGAUCGAAACGCCGUGAUUCUAGUGUAAACAGGGUUAAACGUGAUGCCACACAGCGCGCGCCGGCGUGCUCGAGUUGCCAUGGUAACCUGCUCUUUUUCAGCCCGCGAGAGGCGCAAGAUGACGUCAGGUUGUCGGUGGUGACGGAGACGCGGGCGGACAGCGCGUGCUCCGGAUCCUCGUUCACUCGCGUUGACUGCGGCGGCGGCGGAGCCUCCAUCACCAUGACUGGCGUGCUGUGGAUUACUUUCACUGCGUGUUGAAGCGGGAACGAGAGGCGCCAUGGCUGAGAGGUUGGAAUGGGUGGAAAUCAUCGAGCCGCGCACCCGGGAGCGCAUGUAUGCCAACCUGCUGACGGGCGAGUGCGUUUGGGACGCCCCGGCGGGCGUGCAGAUCAAGCGCAGCGGACAGGACCAGUGGUGGGCUUUUGACUCCAAAACAUCCCGAUUCUACUACUAUAACGCUUCUACCCAGUGCACCGUCUGGCACCGCCCACACAGCUGUGACAUCAUCCCCCUCGCCAAACUACAGACCCUCAAGCAGAACACCAACACGGCUCCGCCCACCGCCACCACGACCAGUGCCUCCGCCGACAGCAGCCCCGCCCGCAGCGCCGUCAGCACCACGUCCUCACAGGAGCAGGAGGAGAAGACGUCCACCGCCGAGGAGGGAGACAGGUUCAGAUGGGGCACAGGCACCAGAGAGCGGAUGCUCAUCAAAGUGUCGGAUCGGGAACCCAGUUUUCUGACGCAGGGAAACGGAUACUCCAGUUCUUCCCCACGCUCCAGACGCUCGUCAAGCAACGCUCCUUCCGACCCCGAAGCCACGCCCCUUUCCCUGCCCGACCGCCUGGCAUCGCAGUCUCCGUUCCUGAAGAGAGCAGACUUGGGCGGCACUCAGCGGCGCUGCUCGGGCGAUUCCCAGCCAUCGUCCCCCCGCUAUGCUUACGAACCUCCUUUGUACGAGGAACCACCCUCGGAAUACCAGUCCCCGCCUAUUUAUGAGGAACCGCCUACUGACAUGCACUGCGACCAGGCCUUUUUUGGCUCCGACAGGUCUCCGGCGCGAAAACCAGGUCUUUACCACUCUCCCAAGCAAAGCCCGUCUCCUUACGGUCAACUGGUGUUGACGAGACAGCGGAGUUCUACGCCCGAGAAAACGCCCAAUCAGGGCGAUCGAGACUAUAGCUCAAGUGGGCGGGACUACAGCUCUGCGGGGCGGGACUACAGCUCCAGUGGGCGGGAUUAUAGCACGGGUAUGAGGGACUACAGCUCCGGUGGGCGGGAUUAUAACUCUAGUGGGCGGGAGUAUAGCGCCGCUGGGCGGGAAUAUGUAAAGCAGCUAGUUUAUGUCGAGCAGUCCGGCUCCUCCCCUCGAUUUAGGACGACCGAGCGUCUGCUGAGCUAUGGGACAACCAGUUCGAAUAGCUUGUCAGCUGGAUUUUCUUAUGGCGGCUCCUUUACGCUACAGCACAGUCACGAUCUCAACGGUGGCAAUCGUAAACGUAAGAACCGGAAGCCGUCUUUGCCGGGAGGCGAGGGCGAUGGCAUGGGGUCUGGUCUCGGGGCGAUGAUCACCCAAGCCCGGUUGGCAUGGGAGGCUCAGCAGAUGAUACAUCAGCGAGGGGGCGUGUCUUCCGACCAGGGAGCGAAAGACGGGUAUGAAAGCGACGGGGCGAUGCCCUUGCCGUUGCCUGGCCCAGUGGUGCGGGCGUUCAGCGAAGACGAGGCUCUUGCGCAACAGGAAAGCCACUGGAAGCGCGCCACCCUGGACAGACUGGCAUUUCCUCAGACGCUGCUAGAAAAGAGUCUGUCGGUACAAACCAACCUGGCAUCACCUGAACCUUAUCUCCAUCCCUCGCAGUCGGAGGAUCUCGGAGCAUGUUCUCAGUUCGAGGCCAGUCGUAAUGCUCGCAACAUGAUGCCCAGCGCAAGCUGUGGCAUCUUCCCAGAGUUCACGCUCCGCAAACCAUCCUCCGAGACGGACAUCGAGAACUGGGCAUCCAAACACUUCAACAAGCACACGCAGGGUCUGUUCAGGAGGAAAGUGUCCAUCGCCAACAUGCUGGCGUGGAGCAGCGAGCCCAUCAAGAAGCCCAUGAUCAUGACGACGGACCGGACGGUGAAGCGCGAGGCUGUGGAGCUCUUCAAGCUCAUCCAGACCUUCAUGGGCGACCGGCGGGGCAGAGGUGAGCCGCUGGCCGUGGCUCUGGAGGUGGCAGUGAGGGGCUGGAGCUGCCAGGGCCUGCGGGAUGAGCUCUACAUUCAGCUGUGCCGACAGACCACCGAGAACUUCCGCUACGACAGUCUCCAGAGAGGCUGGGAGCUCAUGGCCAUCUGUCUGGCCUUCUUCCCCCCGACGCCUCGCUUCCACAACUACCUGGAGGGCUACAUCUACAGACACAUGGACCCGCUCAACGACACCAAGGGAGUGGCGAUUAGCAGCUAUGCAAAAUACUGUUACCGUAAACUACAGAAAGCUGCGCUCACCGGAGCUAAGAAGGGUUUGAACAAGCCCUCGAUCGAGGAGAUCGUUCACGCUCGUAACGCCAUCUUUCGGCUCUCCAUGUUCGGCUCGUCUCUGGAGGAAGUGAUGGCGAUGCAGAAGGACCGUUAUCCUGACCGGCAGCUGCCGUGGGUUCAGACGCGCCUGUCCGAGGAAGUGCUGAGCCUGAACGGAGACCAGACCGAGGGCAUCUUCAGGGUGCCUGGAGACAUUGAUGAAGUAAAUGCUCUGAAACUACAGGUGGACCAGUGGAAGGUGCCCACCGGCCUGGAGGACCCACAUAUUCCAGCGUCGCUGCUGAAGCUCUGGUACAGAGAGCUGGAGGAGCCGGUGAUUCCUCAUGAGUUUUAUGAGCAGUGUGUCAUGAACUACGACAGUCCUGCGGCUGCUGUCAACGUCGUCCUCAACCUCCCUCACAUCAACAAACUGGUGCUCUGCUACCUCAUCCGUUUCCUACAGGUAUUUGCUCAAGCCUCCAGCGUGUCCAUGACUAAGAUGGACGUUAGUAAUCUGGCGAUGGUGAUGGCGCCAAACUGCCUGCGCUGCCAGUCGGACGACCCGCGCAUCAUCUUCGAGAACACGAGGAAAGAGAUGAGCUUCAUCCGCGUUCUGAUCCAGCACCUCGACACCAGCUUCAUGGACGGGGUGCUAUAGCACAAACACACACGUUAGCAUUCACACCUAACACCCACACAUGAAUCACCCGGCAAACCUCCUCGACAAGCCUCUUCCUGUACACGACACAGUCACGCUCGCCUUCCACAGCGUUUAGGUCAAAUCCACCAUCCCCAUGAUUUCUGAAUGUUUCUGAAUAUAUAAACCAUCCGUCCUCACAUGAUAGUGACUGUCCUGCUUUGGUUUCUAGCGUGCAUGUAUGUGCCGAAUGUGUCUGUUUCUGUUUUCUAACUCGACUGACUUGUAGACCGGUCCGUCUGAUUUUAUAUGAUUAAUUUAUUUGUUAUUUAUUUGAAUAAGGGUUUGUAAGUAUUGUACUGCCUUUUGAAAUAGAAAACAUCUGUCCUCACUGAUCACAUGCAUCAAUCUGUGUGUGUGUGCGUGUGUGUGUGUGAGCGAGUAAGUGCGUGUGUGUGUGUGUAUGAGUUCAUUUAUCACAGUUGUUUUAUACACUAUUGUGUACGUCUCACUGAAAUGGUACAACACAAGUGCCCCUCAUAGUGAACUACCUGCGGUAAAGGUGAAGUGUGUAAAUUAUGUGUAAAAAUGCACUUUCUGAACUCUCACACACUGAACUUUAAUAGCUAAUUGUUGAGUCAGAAAGUGUUUAACAUCCACAUUACGCGCUUCGCCUUUAAAUUCUCACAUAUGCUCACACAAGCAUCCAAAUGGCCUCAUUUACACACACACACACACACACUGAUUUGGUUUGGUGCUUGUAAUGAUCUAUAUCACACUGCCAAACACACAAUAUUGAUACUCGGUGCCCAUUCCUGCCUCCAGGAGACGUAUUGGUGAGAAACAAGUGAGACAGAAGAGAGACAGACAAUAAUGGAGGGAGAGAAUCUCACAAAAGAAGUGGCCGGGUUAUAUUUCACCACAAAAUCAAGAAAAGAGGAAAUGGCAAUUUGAGAGUUUGAGAACUUAAAUGUGAAAAAUUGAGGGUUGAACAUACUGCAAUGAUAUGAAAAACAAUUAUUUAAAAAAUGACUUUUAAAAAAGAAAAUAAAGGGCCAUUUAUAAUACAUAAUAUCAUAUAACAUCAUAUCACAUAAUAUCAUUAACAUAUAAAAGCCACUAUACAAUAUUGUGUUUAAAAUAUAACACAAUAUUAACAUCUUUUUUUACUUAACUGUUAUAUAUAAUCACAUUUAAACUUGUGAUGUUCGGGACAAAAUCAGCACUUGUGUGAUUGCUCUCGCUGCUCGUGUGAUAUCGUAUGAUAUAAAUAUGAGACAAAAACACAUACAGGGGCAUUUUUUUGCCCCAAUAUCUUGAAUUUUAGGGCAUAAUUGCAUUUAUGGAGUUGUUGCCCUGCAUCAUAUUUGUCAACAGUCAACUGUAUGAAAUGUAUGACGUACAGGUUUGGGGGCGGGGCCAGUGCGUUAACUGCAUUAAAAUAUUUCAAUCGCGUUAUUUUUUCAUAACUAAGUUAACGCGUUAAACUGACAGCCAUAAUAUAUAUAUAUAUAUAAAAAAAAAAAAAGAAAUAGCAUUUUAAGAUAUAAAUAAAAUGGCCCUUCAUUUUCUAAAUAUUAUUUAAAAAAUUAAUAAUUGGAUUUUGAGGUGAAAUAUGAGCUGGAUGUGCUCUUGACAGACAAAGAUGUUUGUAUGUUUGGCUUCUCAUCUCUGCACACCCUGAUCUGUCAUGGCCACACCUUCACGUCCUCAUCUGUACAGAACAAUGUGUAAAAAUACAAAUAAAAGCUAAAACGAAAGAAAAGAAAAGAAGAUAACAAAAUAGUUACUACAGUAUUUGACAGCAGGAGCGUUUAGGUUUGAAUCUCAAAACUCAUCCAUUAGCAAAAACUUAGAUUAAAAAAUAAUAUAAAAGCAGAUAUGAUAUGAAAUAUGAUUCUAUGUCUGAUGAAAAGGGAAGAAAAUCCAUGAGCAGAGCACUGUGACCUGCGUCCUGAGACCAGCACACACACACACACACACACAGACACACACACAUGCGACAGACAGGAUUAUGGGAGAUUGUGCUGUAUGCAGAGAUGUUUCUCGUCACAGGUUUAAGCUCAUGGUAUUAUUACUGUAUUUAUGGAGUCAUAUUAAUAAACCCCCUCUCCCUCCUUUUGUUCUGAGGUCAAAGGUUACUCUGGACGUUACGGUCGAGCUGAACAUUGUUUAUUAAA